CCCGAACCACAGGGGGCAAGCGCAUGGAUCGCAUUCAAAGUAAUGCGCGCAUUGAUAUCGUUCCGUUUGGAAAAGGAACACUUUUUCAUACGUUAUCUGCAUUAUCGUUAUUUUUGUUAAAUAAAAACAUUGCAAAAGAAGAAUUGAACAAUUGUACUGAUUUCAGUGAUACUACCGAUAUCAGUGAUAGCGGAGAUGAAUUGAAAGAUAUUUUCCCGAGGAGAUAUUCAUAUAUUAAGUAUCGAUACUGCAAAAUAUCGUCAUGUUAAAUAUCGAUAUUUGAAUUGAAAAAUAUCGAUACUGUAUCGCCCAUCACUACUCCACCACACGCUAACAUCACCUUAAGCAAAGAUAAGAAAUGUCAAAAAAACAUGACAGUGAGAUUUGCACAAUAUCUUCAGCUUGUUACAUUAGUUGCUUUAUGAUAACUGUACAGUACCAUCGGUAACCCGUGGUAUUUUACAUCCAAGCUUGACUUGAUAAACAUAGGAAAAAAUAGUAAACGUGUAAAAUGAGUCGAAAACCUAAAUUACUUGUCUUUGAUUUAGAUUAUACCUUAUGGCCAUUUUGGGUUGAUACUCAUGUUACUCCACCUUUUAGAAAGAAAGGAAAUGAUGUAGUAGAUGCUCAUGGUCAACUUAUAAGAUACUAUAAGGAUGUACCUGAAAUAUUGAAAAGUUUAUCAGCAAAAUAUGAACUUGGUGUUGCAUCACGUACAUCGGAAAUACAGGGUGCUAAACAAUUAUUAAAUUUGUUCAAUUGGGAUAAAUAUUUUAAGUAUAAGGAAAUUUAUCCAGGAAGUAAAGUUACUCAUUUUUCUAAAAUUCAUCUUUUCAGAAUUCAAAAAGCAUCAGGCAUUGAUUAUAAAGACAUGAUGUUUUUUGAUGAUGAACAAAGGAAUAUUGUUGAUGUAAGUAAACUUGGUGUUAAAUGUAUAUUGGUAAAAAAUGAUUUGACACAUGCAGUUGUCGAAAAUGCUUUAAACAAUUUUUAAUAUGUACAUACACUAUUUAGAAAAAUUUAUGUAGCAAAUAAAAGUUGAUUUUUAGUGUUAACUUUUACUACGUGUAAUCAAAUACUAU